GGCAGGCGCCGGCAGCGACACGGACACGGACACCGGGACCAUGUUCCUGACCGACGUGCGCAGGGAGUUCUAUGAGGUCAUCGUCACCCAGCGUGUUCUUCUUCUCAUUGCUUCAGAUGUAGAUGCAUUAUGUGCGUGUAAAAUACUCCAAGCAUUGUUUCAAUGUGACCAUGUACAGUACACAUUAGUUCCAGUGUCUGGGUGGCAGGAACUUGAAACUGCAUUUCUUGAACAUAAAGAUCAGUUCAAGUAUUUUAUUCUUAUAAACUGUGGUGCCAACAUUGACCUACUGGAGGUUCUGCAGCCUGAGGAGGACACCUUUUUCUUUGUUUGUGACUCCCACAGGCCUGUCAAUGUAGUGAAUGUUUACAAUGAUAUGCAGAUUAAGCUGUUGGUUAAACCAGAUGACGAUCUUAACGUUCCUGCCUACGAUGAUAUCUUCAGAGAUGAGGAGGAGGAAGAGGAGGAUUCUGGGAAUGAAAGCGAUGGGUCAGAACCUUCGGGGAAGCGCAAACGAUUUGAAGAGGCUGUCGUGGAGAGAACAAUGAAAAGACGAGAGAGGAGAGUGUGGGAAGCACGCAGGCAAGAAAUUCUCUUUGAUUAUGAGCAGUAUGAAUACCAUGGGACCUCAUCUGCCAUAGUGAUGUUCGAUUUGGCCUGGAAAAUGUCUAAAGACUUGAAUGACAUGUUGUGGUGGGCUAUUGUUGGGCUAACAGACCAGUGGGUUCAAGAUAAAAUCACUCAAAUGAAAUAUGUGACUGAUAUUGGAAUCCUACAGCGUCAUGUGUCACGGCAUAAUCAUCGCAAUGAGGAUGAAGAGAACUCCCUUUCUAUUGAUUGCAUGAGAAUAGCAUUUGAAUACGAUCUGCGCUUGGCCCUUUAUCAGCAUUGGUCCCUGUAUGAAAGCCUGUGUAACACCUGUUAUACAUCUGCCAGUCUAAAGCUUUGGUCUGUUCAAGGGCAAAAGAGACUACAGGAAUUUCUGGCUGAUAUGGGGUUGCCUUUGAAGCAGGUGAAACAAAAGUUUAAUUCCAUGGACAUGUCCUUGAAGGAGAACUUGCGGGACAUGAUUGAAGAAUCGGCUAACAAAUUUGGAAUGAAAGAUUUAAGAGUGCAGACUUUCAGCAUUCACUUUGGUUUUAAGAAUAAGUUUUUAGCAAGUGACAUAGUGUAUGCAACGGCUUCUCUAAUGGAGAAUAUAGAGAAGGAGGAGCCUGGAACUGCUAGUUUUAUCAAGGCUUUGGACAGCCUCUCCAGGAGUAACCUGGAGAAGCUGCACCACGGUCUGGAACUAGCCAAAAAGCAGUUACGUGCCAUUCAGCAGACUGUGGCCAGCUGUAUCUGCACCAAUCUUGUAAUAUCUCAAGGGCCUUUUCUCUAUUGCUGUCUCAUGGAGGGCACUCCAGAUGUGAAGCUGUUCUCCAGACCAGUAUCUUUGUGUCUGCUCAGUAAAUACUUACUCAAGUCGUUUGUUUGCUCUACGAAAAAUAAACGCUGUAAAUUGCUGCCAUUGAUAGUGGCAGCACCCAUGGAUGUUGAGCAGGGAACAGUGAUCAUGGUGGGGAUUCCUCCAGAGACAGAAAGCUCUGACAAAAAGAACUUUUUUGGCAGAGCGUUUGAGAAGGCUGCAGAGAGCACACAUUCUAGGACUUUACACAACCAUUUUGACAUGUCUAUAAUUGAACUGAAAACUGAAGAUAGGAGCAAAUUUGUGGAUGCACUUAUUUCUCUCUUGUCUUAAUGAUGUGAAAACUGAGACAUGAGAUUGAGACUUGUCCAAGGUCACACAGUGAUUGAUAUGAGAUUAGAUCCCCAGAGGUCUACAUGAAUUAUGUAUACUGCUUCAUCGAGCACCAGAGACACAGUAUAUGGUUUUCUGUUCUUUCUUGUUCAAAAGUAUGAACCAGUGGGUUACCUGCUGGUAUUGUCACUUGUUAGACCAUCACCAGUCAAUGGUUUUUAAGACCUCUUUUGCUGCCCUGCUGCAGUUCAGUCUGGCUUUGGUUUAUCUUCUGCCUUCAUUCCAUGAAGAUGCACUUUGGCUUUGUGAAAUAGCCAAAGGACCUAAUGGGCAGAAUGUCCUGCAGAUGUCCCCCAUACCUUCAGGGUUCAUGGUGUUUAUAACUGUAAUGCCUUGUCUUGUUGUCUUCCUAUAUAUUUUGGAACAGGCAUGGACUCCAUUCGUUGUCUCUUAGGUAGACAAAAGAUCACCUUAAAAAAAUAGCAACCCUCCAACUAAAAAACAUACCUUCCUGAUAAUAAGAGGUAAUAGGCACUGCUAUUUGGAUCCUGUAGUUUCAGGCUUCCGGAUUAGUUGGAACAGAACUUCAGUACUUAUGAAGUAGGUUUCUGUAACAGUUCUUGAUAAUUCGGGGCUCUUCUACAUGUUUCUGUGCCGAUAUUGAUGUUAAUAAGUUUAUAAUACUGCCAUUCAACUGAUCUUUUUUUUAAAGUAUGUGUGUGUUAAAAAGCUAAGGAUAAAUUUAUCUUGUGUAUAUUUAUAGAGGGAGCUCAGUUGGGUGAGUAGAAGAAAAAUGGAUCCAGGAAUUGGUGUCUCUGCCUAGCAAGUCUGAAUAGCACAGGGAAAUCUAUUAAAGAGAGGGUGUUUGUUACAGAAGUUGGUGGGUUGUUUCUUUUUUUAUUUUUAAGGUAGGGGAGGGCUCCAAUCAGGUGUUCAGUAUAUUGAGAUUUGAUAAACAACCAGAAUAUAGCUCUUCGUAUUUUCACUUCAUGGAAGUAAUAGUUCUGUGAGGCAUGGUUUUAGGAUUAUAGGUCUCAUGCAUCCAAAUACCGAACAACCAAAAGUACUAAAGGAAAGCACUGCUGGUCUGCACUAUUUGUAUGUUGUUACAAGCACCUCCUGAAGGAGACUUCCAUCCCGAUACCAUUUCCUUAGUCAGCCAUUCUGGUACUGUACUGUCGGUUAUAAUAUGGCUUUGGGAAUGGUAUUCUAAAAGUUGAGUUGUAAUGCUCAUGCAUAGCUUCUGCAGUAUUUGGAUAUUAAUUCAAAUUAAUUAGUUCAAUCUCAGCUGCUUUCCAGGGUAAAGCCCCUCAAGCCAAGCCCUAGAUGAUUUUAGCCAUGUGAAAGCUUUAUUGAGCAGCAAAGUAACUAAAUUAUCUGUCUGAUGCUCAACAGUAUCAGACAUAACUUAAGGGAUAAGCAUCUAAAAGUAAAUUAUAAGGAUAUAGAAAAAGUAUCUGAUGAUAGCUAUAUUCAGAUCAUCUAAUGCAGUUCUGCAUAAAGCUUUUAAUUCUUGUAUUAAAGCUGCUGGGGUUUUUAUUUUUUCUGUGU